AAUGGUCGCAAUUAGCACGCAAUGUGCUUUGAUGAUGUCCUAUAAUAUUGGCUCAUCUGAAAAGCGGCAAAUUUGUUAACUUCUGCUCCUAGCUGACUGAUGAAACAAUGACAUUUCUCAUCUUCUAUGUUGGUUCCUUGCCAUUCGCAGUAGUCCAACCGUCCAAGAGUAGCUCCGAAACCGCACCCUUUUGGUUCCACGUUACAUGUGUACUACUCGUGUCUUGUACGCGCAAAUCGGUUAGCUAAUUGACCGAACACAAAUUUCAGUUAACUAAUUCAUCGCAAAAAAAAAAUCGCCUAAACAACAAAAACGGCCAUAACAUCACGUGAUGCACUCACAAAAUACGUGUGGUUGCCUGAGCCCCCUGACGCGUGCGUGCCUUGAUGCGUAGACCAAACUUCAGUACAAGAAACACCUAGCUCUAGCUUCCCCCCUAUUAAGCGGGGCGAGUUGGCUUGGAAGGAUCAACGAGAUCGAUCCGUCAAGUCACAUGAUCGGCCCAAGCAACCUAAACCUCUACCUCACUCUUCCAAGCAAGCCCUGCAGUUAGGCUAGCUAAGUAGCCAGGUUCUAGCUGUUCGUUCCUCCAUGCCCAGGCCAGCUGAUCCGCUUUCUCUCCUCCUGCCUCUCCGUCGUCUCUGCUGCCUCCGGCUUCGGCAGUGCUGUCCGUCCGCCGAUGUCGUCGUCGUCGUCUUCGUGCGCGGCGGAGACCGGCCUGGUGGCCAUGGACUGCCUGGUGGUGUGCUGCUGCUGCCCGUGCCUCGUGCUGCAGAUCACCGUGUUCCUCUUCGUCAGGCUGCCCAGGAAGGUGGUGGUCAAGUCCAAGAGGAUCAUCCUGAGGAGGUGGCGCCACCGCCACAGGAGGCGAGCCGGGGCGAAGACGAGGGGCCUCGGCACGGUCUCGUCGGAUGGCAAUGGCAUGAAGCACCUGGAGGAACUACUGGACGGGGAUUUUGGAGGCCCGUUCGGGAUCAAUGGAACGGAGUGCAGCGACAGCGACAGCGAUGGCUGGAAGGAGGGAUGCUUCGCCAUGGACGGCGAUGGCCGUUGGAAGCAAAGAUGCUUCGCCGUCGAUAACAGUUACCACGACGGCGUGUGGGAGGCGCUCGUGGAGCAGGAAGGGCUCUUCUGGUUCGGGAGCUUCUGGGGCCGGACGGAGCAGGGGGAUCCGGUGUCCGCGGAGGAUCAGAUGUAUGCGGGCUUGAGGUUGCCUGUAGUCCUGGAGAGAGUCCAUGACUAGGCGACACGGCGGUUUAAUUCGAGCGGCAGUUGCUAAAUGAGGGCUGUACUUUCCAGUCGAGGUUUUUUAUCAAGAGUAGCUACAUCGAUCCGUUUGGUUAGUGCACUGAUCUCACUGUAAAUACAAACAACUGUAUUGUACAUUUGUAGUGUAUAUAUCAAAGAACGAUGAAUAACCUGAAGAGCAGUGCAUAGGUAAAUUCACUGCAGAAAAUACGCAGAACAGCGGUCGUCCGGAUCUAUGAAUAGGAAUGGUACGUCUUGGUUC